AUGCAGCUUCUCCGUUUCCUUCCCUUCUUCGCGGCGAUAACGGCAGCUUCCGCUCGUCGCGGAUCGAAGCUAGAAACCUAUUCCAACGUGGUCAUCUUUGACCCGCCAAGCAAUUAUACCAUCCCACGCACUCUCUACGCGCGCAAUGAGCAGUUGCCCAACGGUGAUAUCCUAGCGACCUGGGAGAACUAUUCACCGGAGCCACCAGCGGUCUAUUUCCCCAUCUACCGUUCCUCUGAUCACGGUGAAACCUGGACUGAGAUCUCCCGUGUCCAUGACACAGCCAACGGCUUGGGUCUACGCUACCAACCAUUCCUCUACUACCUUCCAGAGCGCGUGGGCCGCUUCCGUGCCGGAACGCUCCUUCUCGCGGGAAGCAGUAUUCCAACAGACCUGAGCUCGACCCAGAUUGAUCUUUACGCGUCGCAGGACCAGGGCCACACCUGGAAGUUCGUGAGCCACAUUGCUGCUGGUGGAGAAGCUAUUCCUAACAACGGGUUGACUCCUGUUUGGGAGCCGUUCUUGCUGGCACAGGCCAAUGAAACCCACGGCCAAAAGAUGGUCCACCAGACCACUGAUGACCUUAUCAACUGGGGACCGGUUGUGGACGACGUGUAUGACUUCCCUGCCAUCGCAAAGAGGGCCUGGAAUGCCUGUCGUGACCAAGGUAUAACCUCGUUCACUCUCGUAUCCUCCUUGACUAACUUGAGUAAGCUUCCCAAUGGUAAAUACUUCUACGUUUACGAAUACGGCUCAUUUUUCAACACAUCGACCUACUCGUUUCCCUUGUACUACCGCAUCAGUGCCGAUCCAGAGGGCUUCAUCGAUGCCGAGCACCAUGAGCUGGUUGUCUCGAGCGGUACGAUCCCUACCUCCUCUCCGUACGUUACUUGGACCCCGUGGGGUGGCAAGAAUGGAACACUUGUGGUCAGUUCUGGUACGCAAGACAGUAUCUUUGUGAACCAGGCGCUGGGUGAGGGCGAGUGGACGGAGGUGCCUACUCCUGAACCACACAGCUACACUAGGAGUCUGCGCAUUCUCAAGGAGGAUCCCCGAUUCCUGUUGCUGCACGGUGGCGGUGUGCUUCUGGGAGAAGAGAAUAAGGUUACUGUGAGCUUGAUUAACCUGGAGGAGGCGCUGGCUGCUUUGUAG